AUGUCUGAAAUAAAAGAAUUUGAUGAGAUCGGAUAUUACAUGCCUCACCACGCGGUGAUAAAAGAGUCGAGCACUACAACUAAAAUACGAGUAGUAUUCGAUGCAUCUGCAAAAACGAGCAACGGCUUAUCUUUAAAUAAUAUAUUAUUAGUAGGUCCGACCAUUCAAGAUAAGCUAAUUUCACACUUAAUUCGAUUCCGGACUUAUAAAUACGUUCUGACAGCCGAUAUCGAAAAAAUGUAUAGGCAAGUGCAAGUACACAAUGACGACCGACGUUACCAGCGUGUUAUAUGGCGUAGGGAUGGAGAGAUAAAAACGUUUCAGUUAAAUACACUUACAUUCGGUGUUGCGUCUUCUCCGUUCCUCGCAAUUCGGACUAUACAGAAACUCGCGGAAGAUGAACAACAUUUAUAUCCGCGAGCGGCCGAGGUACUCAAAUCGCAUCUUUACGUCGAUGAUUUACUGACCGGCGCUGAAACGAUAGAUGACGCUCGAAUAUUAAGAGACGAAAUGAUAACAUUGCUAGCUCGCGGUGGGUUUAAUAUUCGACAGUGGGCUUCAAAUGACAAACGCGUAAUUAAUGAUUUAACACCCAACGCGUUACAUGCGAACCUUGCGUUGAACGCAGAUCACGCGUUAAAAACGUUAGGCAUAACAUGGAAUAUACAAAACGAUGAAAUACGCUAUUUGACCAAACCGAUUGGAAAUGCAACAAGAAUAACCAAAAGAAACAUACUAUCAGAAAGUGCAAAAAUUUUCGAUCCAUUAGGCUUGUUAGGCCCUGUCAUCUUAUAUAUCAAGAAAAUAAUGCAGGACGUCUGGCGGUGCGGAUUACAUUGGGACGAGUCCGUCCCGCAAACCAUACAUUCUGAUUGGUUGGAAUUCACGAGACAAUGGGAAACGAUGGGUCAAAUUUCUUUCCCGCGUAAAUUAUUAACCGACGAUUGUCAAGACGUUCAAUUGCACGGGUUUUGCGACGCUAGUAAUACAGGUUAUGGGGCAUGUAUAUAUAUACGGUCGUUGGGAAAAGACGGAAAUGUAGUAGUCAGACUAUUAUGCGCUAAAUCGCGCGUUGCGCCAUUAAAGACAAUCACCAUACCGCGUCUAGAACUUUGCGGCGCUUUAGUAUUAGCUCAGUUAUAUCGGGAAACUAAAGAUACGUUAAGGGUUACCAUUAAUAGAACCGUUUUUUGGAGUGACUCCACUAUUGUGUUACAUUGGCUUAACACAACUCCACAUUUAUUAAAAACUUACAUAGCUAAUCGCGUAGCAACAAUUCAAGAAAUUAACGGCUCGCAUGAAUGGCGACACGUCAGAACCGCAGACAAUCCCGCGGACGCAAUUUCAAGAGGUCAGUUGCCUUUCAAUUUUUUACGAAAUCGCGCAUGGUCUACGGGACCUACAUGGUUGAUUAGAAGCGAAUCGGAAUGGCCAAAUGAAUUCGAACAACUAGCGGAAAUACCCGAAUUAAAAAAGAAUAUUUGUUUAAUGUCCGUGCAUACUGACCUCGAUAUUUUCGGCAAAUAUUCAUCGUACUCAAAAUUACUCAGAGUCAUUGCAUAUUGCCUUAGGUUCCGACCUAAUAAUAAAUAUAGCGGUACUUUGUGCGCGGAAGAAAUUAACAUCGCCGAAACAAAAAUACUGAAAUUGCUUCAAGCUCAUCAAUUCGCUAACACGAUCCAAGAAUUAAGUAAUAACUCGAUAUACAAAGAAAAAUUUGCUAAUUUAAGUCCAUUUAUUGAUGAGAAUGGCUUGGUUCGAGUUGGCGGACGACUUCACAAAUCAGAUCUUACAUUUUCACAGAGGCAUCCAAUUCUACUUCCAAACAGACAUUGCUUAACAGACAAUAUCAUUCGCGAGCUUCACAAGAAACACUACCACGCGGGCAUUCAAACCACAUUGUACAUUUUGCGUCAAAGGUUUUGGGUCUCAGAUGGCCGAAAUCAAGUACGAAAAAUUAUACGUACUUGCACGCGUUGUUACCGUUUCAAUGCCGAUACGGUCAAAUACAAAAUGGGAAAUCUCCCUGCAUCUCGGGUACGCGUAACCACCCCCUUUACAAAUACUGGUAUCGACUUCUGCGGUCCCUUUUUCAUUAAAGAACGAAAAUUUCGAAACCGAACACGUAUUAAAGUUUACGUAUGUAUAUUCAUAUAUAUGACUAUAAAGGCGGUACAUCUGGAAGUGGUAAGCGAAUUGACUUCGAACGGGUUUAUCGCAGCAUUACGUAGAUUCAUCGCGAGACGCGGUCUGCCUCAGCACAUUUAUUCGGAUAACGGCACUAAUUUUGUAGGUGCAAACAAUCAAUUAAAAGAAAUAUAUGCCUUACUAAAUUCCGAAGAACAUAAGACUCGCGUGAGUGAAUUCGCACUCGAACAACGAAUCACAUGGCAUUUUAUACCGCCAUUAGCACCCCACUUUGGCGGGCUGUGGGAGUCCACCGUGAAAUCGUUUAAACAUCACGUUAAACGCGUAAUAGGCGAAACUUUAUUUACAUUUGAGGAAUUGUGCACUUUUACGACCGAAAUCGAGGGGAUCUUAAAUUCUAGGCCAAUCGCGACAAUUUCGUCAGACCCAAACGACUUACUAGUGUUGUCCCCCGCCCACUAUUUAAUCGGGAAGCCAGUCACCUCUCUGCCGGAAAACGAUCUAUUGAGUGUUCCAGACAACCGUUUAUCCGUUUGGCAACACAUUGCUAAGAUGCGACAGGACUUUUGGGCACGAUGGAGUUUGGAGUACUUGAACGAACUCCAAGUCCGUGGCAAAUGGAAAACGGACGGACCCAAGCUUACCAUCGGAGCCGUUGUACUCAUCAAAGAGAAAAACCUACCAUGUACUCGUUGGAUGUUAGGCAAGGUGACAAGCAUACAUCCCGGCGAAGAUGGCAUCACGCGAGCUGCGACCAUUAAAACAACUACUGGAGAAAUAAAGAGAUCCGCGAAAUCUCUCUGCAUACUGCCGAUAGAAUGA